CCUGGGAGGAAAGCUGGCUGAGCUGGGAACACAACAGUAGAUUUUAAGCCCAGCUAACCCUGAAAUGCUGGGGGUCUCGAUGGCUCUAGUCCCUCACCCUCUGGACUGCUCAAGCCUCCGAUGAUGCCCAGCUUAGGGUGAAACAGGCGCUUCGUAAGAAAACGAAAAACCGGUCUGGGAAUAAUUUCUCCAGCACGACGAUUGCCUGAUUGCACAAACAUCGCCUCAUCAAUUUCCUUACCAAUCCGACAGAGGAAGUGGCAUCCGUGGUGGUCAUGGCAUGAAUAGGAAUGUGUGUUUGGAACCGCCCGGUGGGGCCGGCUGAGGGAGAGGGGAGGAGACACUCCCCGCCAUCCUGGGAGACCCACGGGCGAGAGGACCCCGCAGCGCGGUCAUUUCCCACGACCUUUACCCAGUGGGAAAGAGCUGACCCAGACGGAGGGAGUCCAGAGAUUUCGUGCGUCCCAGGACUGCGAAAGAAGCACACAGUUCGAGUCUGCAGGGCAAGAGACGAGGACACGCGUGUAGAAGCCCUCCUCUCUCCUGCCACCCACCCAGACGAUCCUCGCCACCUCUCUCUGGGCUACUCAGCCCAACACCGGCCUGUCCCUCGGGCACAGAUUCUCCCCCUCGGAUGACUCUCAAGCCGGGGGCGGUCUCCAGGGCUAGAGCACCAGGGUCCUUGGAGGCGUCUUUAAGGCUGCGGUCCCCGCCCUCAUCGCCCGCCCGCCCGCCCUCGUCCCUCCUCCCUCCGCGAGGAUCCAGCGGCCAGGCUCGCGGAGCAGGUGCGGGCCCUCGUAUGCGGCUGCCGGGGCCGCGGUGGUAGCGGCGCGGGGCGCUCGCCCGCCCCUUCUCCGGGCCACUCUCGGGCUCCGGCACGCGAGGACAUGUCGGUGGUGACUGGCGGCGGCGAGGCGGCCGGCGGGGCCGGCGGCGGCGGCGCGCGCGUCUUCUUCCAGAGUCCCCGCGGUGGCACAGGCGGCAGCCCGGGAUCCAGCAGCGGCUCGGGCUCCUCGAGGGAGGAUUCGGCGCCGGUGGCCACGGUGGCCGCCGCCGGGCAGGUGCAGCAGCAGCAGCAGCGACGCCACCAGCAGGGCAAAGUGACAGUGAAAUACGACCGCAAGGAGCUUCGGAAACGGUUGGUGCUGGAGGAAUGGAUCGUGGAGCAGCUGGGUCAGCUGUAUGGCUGCGAGGAAGAAGAAAUGCCAGACGUUGAAAUCGACAUCGAUGAUCUUCUUGAUGCUGACAGUGAGGAAGAGCGAGCUUCGAAAUUACAGGAAGCUCUCGUAGACUGCUAUAAACCAACAGAGGAAUUUAUCAGAGAGCUGCUCUCCCGGAUAAGAGGCAUGAGGAAGCUGAGCCCUCCGCAGAAGAAGAGCGUAUAAUUUUGGAACAGGGUAGAAUUCUCUCGGAGACGAAGAAAAUGACCUGGGAUUUGGACUUCACGAAUACUUUUAUUAAAUAACCAUAGUUGUCUUUUACAAACAACAUUUUUUUUGGGUGCGUGUGUAUGUGGGGGGUUAGACGUUUAUUCAAAAGUGUUCCUUCUUUUGUUAUUUUUAAAGAGUUUUUGUUACUGUAAUAUUUUAAUGGCAAAGCUAUCACAACUGGGAUGGUAGCCCAAACAAGGACUGUCAAAACUGAUGCAGCCUCAAGGAUGGGGGAGGCCAGUCAAUGUUUUCUGUAAGGACGCAGCCGAAAUGAGGAUCUUACUGUACAGGGAAGAUGGUUUUCUAUGGUCGGUUUGGUAAGACAUCUUUUAAGUUAUACAUUUGACUAAGAUGUCAAAAAUAUCUCAUGCUUGUAUAUAUCUACAAACACUAAGUUAAAAAUAGAAAUGUGAGCUUUAUCUCAUGUUGAUGGAACAAACCUGUGCUUGUCGUGUUCAAAGAGGUCACAGAACAUGUGUUUUUAAGAUGCCUCCAGGCAUUCUUCAUAUAAAUGCGGUUCACCUCCAGCAUCCACUUUCUGUGCCAAAGUGAAAGAACUGGGUGUGUCCAUGAUUCCAACGAGCCAUACGACACACAUGCUGAGUUGGUCAAGGGCUUAAUUUAUGGACUUCCUUUAUUUUCAUUGGUUGAGAUGCUUCGCCAGGUCAUGUUCUUAUUGCCUCAUUGUGGUCUUUUAAAGUUUUAUGAACUCUUAAUUUCAAGAACCAACCUGAUUUCUAAAGAAAGGCCCACACUUCCUGAGGAGAGUUUUGCAGCGGAGAAAGGAAGCCCUGUGUAGCAACAGGUUCUCUGCUUUCCACGCAAUACUAUGUAUUAUCUCUGUCCAUGAAAGCAGGUCAAAGGGAAACCAGCAGAUUGAGCCUCUUCCUUCUUAGAGGUUAGAUUCUGGCCCUUUCUGUGCCUGGGUACCAUCAGUCCAGAGGUGUAAACUGAGUUUUGAGAAAAUAUAGAGAUGGGAAGGCCCCUCACAACUCUUGUUGGUUUAGAUGUGUGGCUUCAUCUCUGGUUUUUCUCAGUGGUCCAUGGUCCUAAUUGUGACCUUGAUGUCCAUGGUGGGAGCUAGGCCUGAGUGCCUACCCUAACCCCUCAGUGAUAUACCAGCUCUUUAGAAAAGAAUUAAAAUUCAUAUGGGAUGUAGGCGGGGUGAAAAGUGAGUGGAAACCCUUCCUUCCUUCCAGGAAGCCCCUGCUGCCUCCCCCUGGAAACCCUGCCUGCCGUAAGAAGUCUCCAGGUGGCCCUGUCUGAAGACAGGGACCAGGCAUUUUAUAUCAAGGGUGCUUUGAACAUAUUUUAUUUUUUAAAAGAACUAUGUUUGUGAAUUUUCCGUAUACUGGCAAGCUUUUGAAAAUGUAUUUAAUUUUGUAAUGUUUACCAAUGGUUUAUUUACAAGCUAUUUACUCAAAUAAAGGGAGCUGCUUACAA